GUCAAAAAGGUGGUAAAAGGAAUACUGGCCAUACAUUUGUAAGUCGGUUCUAAAUACGAUGCAUAUGACUUCAUCACAAAUUGACCCACAAAAUAUUAUACAAGCAUUUUCUUUUAUUUCAUCUUAUCUGUAAUUUUUCAAAACCAGAAGUGAUCUGUUUUUAUCUGAAAACGUUAUCCUGAGCUCACUUUAGAAGAUGAUAAAGGACGCACCUCUUGUUCUUCCAAACUCUACCAAGAUAAACAGCCCAACUGAGAGAUGUACUCAACCGCCAUCUGUCAUGUGGUUGCGAUGCCUUAUCCAGGCAGAGGCCACAUCAACCCUUUGAUGAACCUCUGCAAAUUGUUAGUUUCUAGAAAGCAAGAUAUUAUCAUCACCUUUGUUGUCACAGAAGAGUGGCUAGGAUUAAUCGGCUCCAAUCCUAGGCCUGAUAACAUACGCUUCAGAACAAUUCCUAAUGUCAUCCCAUCUGAGAGGGUUAGGGCACAAGACUUUCCUGGCUUCUACGAAGCUGUCAUGACAAAGAUGGAAGCUCCUUUUGAACAGCUUCUUGAUCGGCUUGAACCACCUGUGACUGCCAUCAUUGCAGAUCUUGAGUUAAGGUGGCCAAUCAAUCUGGGGACUAGGAGGAAUAUUCCAGUGGCUGCACUUUGGACAGCGUCAACAUUAUAUUUCUCUUUGCUCUAUCAUUUUUAUCAAUUCUCAAAAGAACAUCUUGCAGUCUUGAACCUGCCAGAUCAUGUGGACUACAUCCCUGGAAUUUCUUCAUCAAAUAUAGCGGACCUUAAAACAGUGUUCCACAAAAAUGACAAUGGAGUCUUGCAGCUUCUACUGGAUUGCAUUUCAAGGGUGCCAAAAGCACAAUAUCUUCUAUUCACUUCCAUCUACGAGCUUGAACCGCAAGUUACCAACAACUUAAUAUCAGCUUUUCCGUUUCCUGUCUACCAUAUUGGUCCUGCUAUACCUUACCUAGAACUUAAAAAUGACGCCUUUGGAAGUAAUUGUAAUAGUGCCAAUGAACCUGACUAUAUAAGAUGGCUAGAUUCUAAAGCUGCAGAUUCUGUUCUUUACAUCUCAUUAGGCAGCUUCCUCUCUGUUUCAAGUGCCCAAAUGGAUGAAAUUCUUGCUGGCUUGCAAAAUAGUAGUGUUUGUUUCAUGUGGGUGACUCGUGGAGAAGCUUCUCAGUUGGAAGAAAUUUGUGGAGAUAAAGGGUUAGUACUGCCCUGGUGUGACCAAUUAAAGGUGUUGUGCCAUUCUUCUGUGGGGGGUUUUUGGACACAUUGUGGAUGGAAUUCUACGCUCGAAGCUGUAUUUGCUGGAGUUCCUAUGCUUACAUUUCCUCUGUGCUUUGAUCAAGAUCCUAAUAGUAACCAAAUUGUGGAAGACUGGAAAAUUGGGUGGAGAGUGAAGAAAGAGAUUGGAAGUCAAAAUAUAGUUACAAGAGAGGAAAUUUCAGAUCUUGUACAAAGGUUUAUGGAUUUGAGUAGCAAUGAGGGAAAAGAAAUGAGAAGAAAUGCAAGACAAGUAAGAGAUACCUGUCAUGGUGCAAUUGCGGAAGGUGAAGGUGGAUCAUCUGUAAUCAACCUUAAUGCAUUCAUCCGGGACAUUUUAAAAGGACAAAGCCACAAAUAGAAUUCUUUAGUAAAAGGGCGAAGAACGUGUGGACUACAUCCCAGGAGUUUCUUCAACACGUCUGAUGGACUUUCCGUUGCAUAACAGUGGAGUAAACCCAUAUAUGUUGCAGCAAUUCUAUAGGAUUAUUUCGUGGUAGCAUAAAUCACAAUAUCUAUAGGAUUAUUUCGUGGUAGCAUAAAUCACAAUAUCUUUUAAUCACUUCAAUUUAUGAGCUAGAACCCUAUGCUAUUGAGGCUUUAAGGGCAAAGAUUCUAUUACUCAUCUACCCAUCUAGCCCUUCAAUGCCCUGGUUCAAACUUGGAGACAAUUCAUCUUUAAGUCCUAACCACAAUGAAAUCAACUACAUAGAGUGGCUAAACAACCAGCCCAACAAUUCAGUUCUUUUGUGUCUCUUUUGGAAGUUUUCUUUUGGUUUCAGGCGCUCAAAUGGAUGAAAUUGCAGCUGGUUCGAGCAGUGGCGGUGUUAGGAUCUUGUGGGUAGUUCGUGGAGAAACAGGUAAACUAAAAGAGGGUUUUGGUAAAAUGGGAUUGAUAGUUCCCUGGUGUGACCAAUUUAAGAUGUUAUCUCAUCCUUGUCCAGGGGUCUUUUGGACAGAUUGUGGGUGGAAUUCUAUUAGAGAAGGUGUUUUUGCAGGAAUGCCUUUUCUGUCAUUCCCAAUAGGAAUGGACCAAAUUACAAAUAGUUAGUCAAUCGAGGAAGAUUUGAAAAUUGGUUGGAGAGUUAGAAAGGAGACGAGGGGGGUGGAAAUUUUGGUGAAAAGAGAUGCAAUAAUGGAGCUUUUGCGGAAGUUUGUGGAUAUGGAAAGCACCGAAGUCAAAGAAAUGAGGAAAAGGGCGAAAAAUCUCCAGGAAUUAUAUGAAAAUGCAAUUGCAGAAGCACCAAAUCCUUCAUUCGGUACAUUGCUCAAUAUUCUCAGUGGGCAUAGAGCUGCCUCCAAAAAUAUUCAUGAUUCAUCUGUAUGAAACUUGUGAAUUUGACCAUGUGGUAAAACACAAAAUCUCUUGGAUUGGAGCAAUUUCAUCGUUUUUUGUGUCUUACGAUGGUUAGG